AUGGGGGCCGGCUCCGUGCCCACCCGGAUGUGCUCGAGAGACCUGGGAGGCGUGGGCGCUGUGCCUGGCUCAAGGCCGUCUGUUUGGGGGCUGCCCUUGUCCUGCGGGAGCGGCCCUGGAGACUGGGCUGGGCCAGGCCAGGCCCUGGGAUGGGGCCUCCACAGCCUCCCAGCCCUCUCUCGGCAAACAGAGGCCCUGCUGACCGUAUGCCGCUGCUUUGAUUUGUGCGGGCGGGGGGGCCAGUCUAACCCUGGCACACCCCACCCCGCCCACCUUGGCACUGCAGAAAGGCCACCGCUGGGGAGAGGACAGGCGGGGGUGUGCGUUGCUGAGACAGACCAGAGGCCUGAGGGCAUUCCACCCCGAGGGUCCAGCCCAGCAGAGGAGGAGAAGGGUCAGCUGCCUCAGGCGCAGGCCCCGCCACAGGCCCUCCUGCAGGGCCAAAGCUCCAGCCCAUCCUGCGGCCCAAAGGGGCUGGCCGGCUGA